AAAAAGAGGCACGUCUUCGACAAAAACAACGACUACAAGAACAAUAACGCAAGAGAGUGUGAUGUUCCUUCCACCAACAUAACAAAAAUUCCAUGGCAACAGAUGUUGUCUUGUCUGGCUCGGCUGGGGGGGGAGUGGAUGGUGGGACACUAAAACACACCAGCAGAGGCAGACAAUCUUACUUCUUCGUAGCAACAGACCAGAGCAAUGUAAAAAAGAGCAACAGAUAUCUCCGGAGAACAUGCAUGCUGCUGAGAAAGUUACAGAGUGUGUGACCAGCCCCAACAGCACCAAACAGUUUAGCCAGAGCCGAACGAAAUGACGCGUUCGCCAAUUGUUUGUGUGGGAAAAUAUAAGCAUGGGUAUGGAUGGUGAACGCUUCACUAUUACUUAUCAACUCAAAGUGUGAAAGUCGUUGGCAGUUCUCUGUGGAUACCCAGCCGUACAGAGACUUUUUCGGUUUAAGGCCAACUGAUCAUAAGAAAAACCAUACAAAAAAACAAAUACAACAAAAAGGAAAACAAUGCAACAAACUUAAAUAAAAAAACAGAAACACAAGCGAAAAUUGAAUUGGAACCCGCUUCAAAUUUAAAAUAAAAUCUGGUUUUAUAUUGGAUUGAGUGUCAAAUAAAUAAAAUAAAUAAACAAAUUAUCCUGAUCUUGGGUGAUAUCACCAAAAAAAAAAAAACAUAAAUAACCAUCGAGAAGAAAAUCGAACAAGUGAUUACCUGUGUGCGUGCGUGUGUGAUCUUGAAAUAAAAAAAAAAAACAACAACAAAAUGUGCCAUAAUUCCGUGUUGGAAAACGAACAAAUCGAUAAAUGUAUCGAAAACGGAAUGCCCCAAAAAGUGAUCAAAGCUGUCAAAUAUACCAUGAGACGGAGAGCAAUUGAAGAAGAGGCUGCAAAAAAACAAAUGGAUUUUGUAAAUAGACAACAACAACAAACGUCAGCAACGCCAUCGGGAAUAUUUCAAAUGAAAUGUCCUUUCGCCCAUGGCCUGUUGUUAAAACCCCAAGGACCGGCAGCAACAAGUGUGACACAACCGCCCACAUUUGCCAACAGUCCCGAUGCACUCGAAUCCCACCCACUGAUGCGCCGUCAUAGCAAUGCCCCAACAAGUAGUACAGAGUCCCUUUCAUCUUCCACCGAGGAUAUCACAAAUUUAAAUGGUCUUCUAGAACAAAUACCUGCAGCAACAGAUGGCAACAACGUCUACCAAGAUGACAUUUUGGCCAAAAGCACUCUCUUAACAAAAAAGCUAGCAUUUCACAUGCAGCACAAGCUGGCCCGACUACAGAGCAGCAAACUAUACACAUUUCUGACAAGAACUACACAACCAGCUCAUAUUUUGGCCAUAUGUAUUCCAUCAUUUGUUUUGCUGACAAUAUGGCCCGAUUUAAUCUAUGGCAGUGGAGGCGUCGGCGGUGGUGGUGUUACAUCAAGGCAGUCCACUGAUAACUCGGCCACCCAUACAAACACUAAAUAUAUGCACGAUAUAUCCGAAGAUGAUUACAGCCCGACGUCGGGAACAACAACACAUUACAAGUUGGCUUUGAUUGCAUAUUUGGGAGCAUUUGCAAUACAUUUUGGUUCACAAAUUUGGAUGACCUUUGUAUCAGGUCUUUCAUUGUAUUUCUCCCUACCUCGUCACAUGUUCGGCCAGUGUCAACAAAUUUUAUUUCCCAAAUAUUUUGCAAUGAACGGAGCAUUGAGUAUUCUAAUGCUUAUACUGUUCGCAAAGUUCUUUUUCGUGUCGUGGUCAGUGCCGCAAUGUAUACAAUUGAUUGCAUUGGCGGUAACGGGAGCCAUCGAAGUUAUCGUGAGGCUUUACUUGGCACCCCCACUGCUCCAACUAAUGCAUGAAAAAUAUAAAAUUGAAGGCACCGUUGGCAGUGGCAAGGAAAUCGGACAAUUGGUCCAGGGCGAUUUGAUCCAGUGUCCACACUAUCAGCGAAUACAUAAAGCCUUUCGUCGCAUCCAUAUGACGGUUGCCAUUGGCAAUCUAAUCACAAUGGUAGCAAGCUGUUUACAUUUAUAUUACAUAGCUGGUAAAAUACAAAUUACAAUAUAGAAAAUGAAUUAACAAAUUUAGAAAAUAUAAAAUAGUAUUUAAAUAUGAACAGUAGCCCCAUACAUAGUUUUGCGCAAUUGUAAAAAACCUAUUUUAAUUUCGAUCCCAUAAUCCCUUUCCACAAAACAUGCUUGGCUACAUUUCGAACAUACGAAAGAACAACAAAAAAAUUGCGCCAUAUACCAUUUAUUUUAUACCAAAACAGGAGAAAAGAAAACAUUAAACAAAUAUUUUGCAUUUCAUAUUCUCUCAUAAGUAUUUAUUUUUUUAAGAAAUAUUUAUUCCAGAAGAAGCAGCUGAAGUUUAGGUAGUUAUAAUUAGCCAAAUUUUGUGUAAUUGUCAUGCACAUCAAUCAAAUCAUUGCAAAAAGCAACUUCAAUAUAAAUCAUUAUAACAAAUAAUUAGAGUGGAAUAUUAUUUAGAUUAUUUGAAAUAGUAUUGAAUAUCAAAAAGACUAUGUGAAGGACCAUAUGGAAGUAGCAUCUGGUGGCGUAAUUUUACGUUUUAUUGAAAUUAUUAAAUAUAAACUAUGAUAUUUUUACCACAUCUGAAAAUAUAUUGUAAAUUAAGUUCACAAACAACAACUUGAACAUAAUCUCAAAAUCUAAAGCAGAAUUGUAAGAAAAUUCCACUGUUUUUGAAGCAUUUAUUCCACAAAAAAAACAUUGUAGGUACAUUUUAAGUCACAAUAUGAUGUGUGAUUAUGAUUGGAUUCAUGUUCCUUGAUCUUCUCCAUAGAUUCUUAGUUUAUUAGAUUCCAUAACAAUUACACAUACCCACUCAUAUUGUAUGUUAUUUAUUUAAUUGCUCAUUUAUUCAUUGAAACGAAAAAAAAAAAAACAAAACAAA